AUGAGCGACAACACCGAUUUACGAAUGAGCAGUGCCGAGCUCAACGAGAUCGUGCACAACACAGCUACCCGUGGAGCAUCCAACUUCUUAGGAACGCCGAGCGAAGAAGUCGGUUUCGAAGGCCAGGAGCAGUAUGUCGCCCGAAUCGCGUCGCCCCGAAUCGGCGGCGCCUCGCCCAACCACACGUCUCUCGCUGCUGCCAACGAACAGCCCGAGGAAGGUCUUGCCGCCGAGGAAGACAUAAUACAUAUCGAUGAGCCUCGACGAAGCAUCAGUCCCGAGGAUGUCAAAGCUGCCGUCGGCGGUCGCAAGCCUUACACGGCCCCGAUCCUGGCGGACGAUGAGGUCGCGAAGAGCCCUCCCCAUUUCGAGUUGCACGCUGCUGUAGAACCAUCGCUGGACGUGCCUGCGGGACCUGAGGAGCCCGUUACGGAACCAAUCAGGCGACCGUCCAUUAACACCGAGGUCCUUCCUAGUGACUUCCCUCGCCCCGAGGCCCGGAAGGCCCCUGUCCCUAUCAUAGAAUAUGAAGCGUUGUUCAAGGACGGCGAAGAAGAGGCCAUUGAGGAUGAAGAGAAGCCGGCCAAGAAAGAUGCAACGGUCCACAGGUUCCCCAGCAAGGAUGUCUGGGAGGACGCCCCUAGUAGCGUGCACUAUACGGCCGAGGUCUCGACGCCUGAUAUUCCUGCUGACGAAGGCCGUCUUAAGCCCGUCGAGGCUCCCGAGCGACACAUCCCCACUCCAGUCCAAGCGUUCGCCCAGUACCAAGAGGAGUUGGCAGAAAAGGAAGCCGAGAGGACGAAGAACUUUGUCCCGAGGGGCGAGAACCUCAGCCAAUCCUGGCUACCCGUGCAAGAACUCCCCAAGGAGCCUUUGAAACGCCCGCCCAUCCAGAAGAGAUUUCCCAGCCGUGACAUAUGGGAGGAUGCACCCGACAGCCUUCUCCACGAGACGACUGUGUCUUCCGACCAACAGCCGGAAACUAAGCCGGAUCAACCCGAGAUCCCGCCUCGCCCGACGAAGAGCGCCGAGAAGCCCGUCGUCCCCGAGCGGCCGGCGCGAAGUGCGGAACGGCCUGCUGUGCCCGAGCGUCCUGCUAGGAGAAGCUCCGAACGACCAGUCAUUCCCGAGCGGCCUAGGCCGAAGAAGGAACUCAGCGGUGAGGGCAAGCCCGUCGUAUCGGACAAGCCGAAGCCCCAAAUUCCUCCCCGCCCCGUGAAGGCGUCGUCGGCUUCGGCUUCGCCAGUAGAGGCUAGUGAGCAACCGGCUCUGCCAAAGUCUAGACCUACUAUUCCUGCCCGACCAAACAGGGCACCAGCUGCUGUUGCGACCGAAGCCAAGGAGGCCCCCGCCGUCCCUAAGGCGAAGCCUGCGAUUCCGGCCAGACCCAUGGGCAGUAAGAUUGCCGCGCUUCAGGCUGGUUUCAUGUCGGACUUGAAUAGGCGUCUGCAGCUUGGUCCCCAGGCACCCAAGAAGGAGGAUCCCGCGCCUGAAGUCGCUGCUGAGGAGGAGAAGGAGCCUGUGCAGAAGCAGCCGCUCGCCGACGCUAGGAAGGGACGAGCUAGGGGUCCUCAGAGGAGAGCUCCCGCUAAGAGCCCGGCACCGCCUGCCGUUGCUGCGGCCGCCUCCACGGAGACGAAACCCAGGACUCUCUCGUUUUCCUUCUCGAAACCUCAGACUGUUUGGAGCAUUGAUCCGGAGGAGAGUGACCUUGUUGUUGGAUCUGCCGAGCCAGUCGAGGCUGCGGAGGUCCCUAAGGCGGAGCCUCUGAAGCCUGAGCCUUCUACGUCUGAGAGCGAAAAAGAAUCAUCUCCUCCUGCGGUUUCCGAGCCGGAGCUGGAGCCGGAGGCAGAGCCCACUGAAGCGGAACCGAAGAGUGACGAAUCUCCCGAGUCCGAGCCCGAGGAGGUAGCCGCUGCGAUCCCGGAGGUUUCCAAGUCUGACUUGGCCGAGAACAAGGCUCCCGCUGAUGAACCAAAGGUGGGCUCAGUGUCUGUGGAUGAGAUAGGGGACAAGGUCGAGGUACCUGAAGUGGAUGCUGGGGCGGUCACGAUCGGCAAGGUCGGGGAUAUGGAUAAGCCUGUCGGUGAGGAGUCGAGUGCUGCUGGUGCCGAGAAGCCUCUCGAUGCCGAGAAUAUCAGGGCGUAG